UCCUCUGUCGGACACGUGCGCAUGCACGAGCUCGCUGCCAUAAGUGAGCCAGUCGCGCCGGCAGUUCGCGCGCACGCAAGGAGCAGCGCAGCCGGACGCCGUUUGAGGCUUUCUGGUGCUGCCAAACGGGAGUCGACGUCAACGCCAACAACAAAAGAGGAAAAAAGUUGACCGGUAACGCCGCCUGGCCUGCCAGCAGGGAUGUCCAGAGCCACCAGAUCAGCCUCUCGGUCUCGGAGUCGCUCCAGGUCCCGGUCACGAUCGCGCUCGGGGUCCCGGUCCACCUCGCGGUCUCAACGAAGCCAGUCGCGAUCCCGCUCCAGGAGACAUCGUUACAGCUCGAGGUCCCGGUCUCGAUCGCGGUCCCGGUCCAGAUCUCCACUUUAUAACCGCGACAAGAAGUACCAAAACAGCCGCGAGUUCCGGGGCUACCACCGCGGCUUCCGGAGGCCGUACAACUCCCGAGGCAGAGGACGGGGCUACUUCUCCCGCGGGCGAUACCAGCGUGGCGCCGGCAACCGAGGCCGAGGCGGCGGCGGCGGCAACGGGAGGGGCUACAACCACAACAACAAUGUCCGUAACCACUGGAAAAAUGACAGGCAGAACCCACACAAGCAGCAACAGCAGCCCCAAGGGCGAGCCGGCCCCCAGAAAUUCUCCACAAGCCCCCCUCCUCCUCCCCCCGGACACUCUGAGCGAUCCCUUUCUCCGGCGUCCAGGCAAUCUCUGCAUUCAAACGCUUCCUCUCACGGCUCUUCUCCAAAAGUCCCUUUGGCGGCGAAGCAGAGUUGCAACGCUGUCAAAGAGGAGCUUUCGGCCUGCGGGGAGGCCCGGAAAGACGGGGCGGAAGUGCGGCGAUUGGAGGCAAUCCACGCGCGAGAAGCUCAAAAUGAGGGGGGCUGCAAAGUCCCGGCGGAAUGCGACAGCAGUCCAAAGAACGCCGGUGUGGAAACUCCCGCCGUCGAUGUUCAGAGCCGGCAAAACUCCCAGCGGGCUGCCCCGAAUGACACCGGCACCGGUGGCGCCCCCUCUUGGCGGGCGCUCUGUAGCGCACCACGUACCGAUAUCUUGUCCCAGGAAGCGCUCGACCAAAUGCUCUGCAGCCUCGACAUAUUCAAGAGCGAGGAAUUCCCGGACGCGGAUAAAACGGCCAUCUCGGACGCCUUCAGAAAGUUUCUGAAGGAGCACGUGAAAAAAGCUCAACCCGCUUGGGAAAACGGCAGCGCGGGGGCAAAGAGCGCCGAGGACGAUCAAGCCCACGUGAGCGCCGCGCCGCCGCCGCUAAAGCGCCGCACGGAAGAGCCCGACGGCAAAGUGACGUUGAACCACUUACGUGAGGGUUGGUCUCCUCCGUCCCAUGAGGCGGAGGAGGAGCCGCUCGACAACGGGGACCCGGACCGGCCCGCUCCAAAGGCCGCGCGUUGCUCCGGGGAGCCGUUCGACGGGCGGCGACGUCCGGCCUCCUCGCAGGGAGCCGACGCCCUCGGAGGGGAGAGCUACGCCGCGGCUCGGCGGGAAAUGUCCUUUGAAGAACCGGAGCGCCAACUUGGCGGAGCGGCCGAACCUCCCUCGGCGCCGUCUCUCGCGCCACCGCUGAGGCGGAGCUCAAACGCCUCGGCGGAAGCGGACCCCCCGCCGUUGUCUCUGAGAAAACCUGAGCCAGAGCUCGACGUCGGAAUGGAUCUCCUCGGAGACGGCCCGAUCGGCGCUUGCGAGACCUUGGCUGAGGAGCGCCGGUUCUCCGAGGACCUGGCGCGAUGCUCAAAGAGUCGCGGGCGGGAGUUCCGCCGCGUCUUUCAACACGUUGCAAGCGCCGCCAUGCAGAGGACCCCCUCCGAGCGGUUUGCGCAGCACAUUGUGGCCGUCCUGCACCACGUCAGAGCCCAGCACUUUGCGCCUCCCCGAAUGACUCUGAACGAGCGAUUCGGCAUCUACCAAAGGCAAGCUGCGCAGAGGGAGAGCGCCAAGGCCAGAAAGAGCCCCCAGAUUCACAGGAGAAUCGACGUCUCGCCAAGCGCUUUUAAGAAACACGCCAAGGUUUUUGAGGCAAUGAAAAGCUCAGAGGACGGCGCCGACAAGGACGUCGGGGACAAAAGCAAGGGCGACCCCAUGGACCUGCGCUUGGAUAUCCAACGCCGUAAGAAGCACUCGAGCGGCGAAAGAGAUUCCCAUCAGGACGGGGGCUCGGCCCCUUCUCCGGACCCCGCCGGAGGGGAGGAAACCUUUUCCAAGAGAUCCAGGAUCAAGUUCUCUCGCUCCAGCUCGUCCUCAUCAUCCUCCUCAAAGUCCCACGCGGACGAGGCGCCCGAGCUGGCGAAGGACGGCUUGAACGGGGCUCGGCUGGCUCGGACUGAGGCGCCCGCGGAAAAAGAACCGCGCUGGAGCCAAUGCCGAGUACGAUUCAGCGCAAGGGGCUGGAGGAGGGCCAACUACCAAGGCGACUGCGAUCCGGGUGUGGCGGUGGCGGCGGCGGCGGCCCCCCAAAAUGAGCACCGGGAAUGCGCCCCAAAGAGCAGAACGCACUACUCGCGCCGUGACGCGGACGAGGCGGAAGGGCGAGCGGGCGGCGGACGGCCCAGGUUGAUCAUCCGCAAAGCCGACGCCUGGGGGCCAAACGCGCGGGCCCGAGAUGGCUUCCCGCCGGACGGAGAGAAAAGCGGCACGCGGCGCGACCCCGCCCGACGGGACCAGAAAGACGCAAACGCUUGACGCCCUUUCCGCAGCUCUUGCGUCUUGAUUAAAGAUGACGCUCACUCUCACUGGACACUCGCAAACAUGGCGGCGUGCUGUUGUUUCACCUUGCUUCGAGUUAUGCUUUACUAAAUGACUGCUGGAUUUUUGGGGGAGUCUCUGGAGAGAACCCUUCCCCCCCCCAAAAAAAACAUUGUUUGUGCCUUGAACUUUUCAAAUGAGCUCCAGCCUUUUAAAACCGCAAGACUUUAGCCAAGUGAGGGGG